AUGUUUAAUGUAUUGGAAAAUGAGGUUGGUGAAAAUGAUAAUGUUGAUGAAAAUGAUAAAAAUGAUGAAGAUGAUAAUGGUGAUGCAAAUAAGAAUGAUGGAUUUCAACAAGUAUUUGCCGACUCAAAAGAAGACUUGUAUGAAGGUUGUAAAAAAUAUUCAAAACUUUCUGCGGUACUGAGAUUGUUUAAUGUAAAAGCAAACCAUAAUUGGAGUGAUAAAAGCUUCAAAGAACUUUUAAAAGUCUUCCAUGACAUGCUCCCCGUAGGUAAUAAGUUGCCCGUUUCGCUAUAUGAAGCAAAAAAAAUGUUAUGUCCGAUGGGAAUGGAAAUGGAACGAAUAGCAGCAUGUCCAAAUGAUUGUGUUUUAUAUAGAAACCAGUACAAAGAUCUCCAUGAAUGUCCCAAAUGUGGUGCAUCUAGGUAUGAGCGUAAAAAACAAACGAAAGUUAGCGGUAAUGUGACGAAGAAUGGCCCGCCAGCUAAAGUUUUGUGGUAUUUUCCCAUCAUACCAAGACUAAAACGGUUAUUUGCAAGCCCGAAAGAUGCAAAAUUGUUGCGUUGGCAUGAGGAAGAACGUAAAAAGGAUGGAAAAUUAAGACAUGUGGUCGAUUCACCUCAAUGGAGGAAUAUAGAUCAUACAUUCGAUGAAUUCAGAAAUGAGAUCAGAAAUAUCAGAUUUGGACUUAGUUCAUAUGGAAUUAAUCCGUUUGGAAACAUGAGUAGCCGUCACAGCACUUGGCCCGUUCUUUUAUGCAUUUAUAAUCUUCCACCUUGGUUAUGCAUGAAACGAAAAUAUAUUAUGAUGUCUUUAUUUAUUCAAGGUCCGAAACAACCCGGUAAUAAAAUUGAUGUGUAUUUGUCUCCAUUGAUUGACAACCUCAAAACAUUAUGGAGCCCGGGAGUUCAGGUUUAUGAUGGGUAUUUGCAUGAAAAUUUUCGGCUACGGGCCAUGAUUUUUUGCACUAUCAGUGAUUUCCCAGCAUAUGGGAACUUGUCAGGGUGUGAUACGAAAGGGGCUAAGGCGUGUCCCAUAUGCCACGAUUACACAUGUUCAAGAUGGUUGAAAUAUUGUAAGAAAACAGUGUACAUGGGGCAUAGAAGAUCACUUCCACCUGAUCAUCCAUACCGUAACAUGGAUAACUUGUUCGACGGUUAUAGUGAAUUCGGAAGUCUGCCACUACCAUCCAACGGAGAAACUGUAUUUUCUCAGGUUGAAAACUUCCAGAAUGAGUUCGGUAAAAAAAGAAAACGAGGGAAAUCUGUUGAAAUUUGGAAAAAAAGGUCUAUAUUUUGGGAUUUACCAUAUUGGAAGGAUUUACAAGUCCGACACUGUAUAGAUGUUAUGCAUAUUGAAAAAAAUGUUUGUGAUAGUUUGAUCGGGUUACUAUUGAAUAUUCCAGGGAAAACCAAAGACGGAGUUAAUGCUAGAAAAGACAUGGUCGAUAUGAAAAUACGGCCAGAAAUUGCUCCGCAGGAGAAUAGUGAUGGGAAGCGAACUGACUAUCUUCAUGGUUCAAAAAGUAUUGGACUUUCAGAGGGUCGACACGAGGGUAGACUUGCCGGGGUUGGAACAAUUGGAAAGAAAGAGGAGUUUCCGUCAAAAGAUUAUAUGCAUCAGGCACAUUAUACAGUCUUACAACACAUGACAUGUAUUGGUAUAUACGUACAUGAGCACAAACGCUUUUUAAAAACGACAAACAGGAAUAAGAGUGACAAAUUUUUGGCCGUUGAACAUUACAACACAUUUGCAUCAUGGUUAAAAGAUAAGAUAAGUAACUUAGUAGAUGUGGAUGAAGAGGUUAAAAGGUUGGCAUAUGGUCCGAGUGAGAGCGUAACAAAGUAUCAAGGUUAUGAUAUAAAUGGUUAUACAUUUUACAUGAAGCAACAAGAUGCAAAGAGCACAUUGCAAAAUAGUGGAGUAACACUAAUAGCCACAACAACAGGAUUUCCACGAGGUCGUCGGUCGCGAAGGAUUCUUAUUAUGGUGUUAUUGAAGAAAUUUUAG